AUGCUGAAUAUAAUCACGUAUGGCAAAGAAGCUCCAGCAAUGUUACAUGUCAGUGACGGCGGACAUUUUGAAAACUAUGGCCUGUUACCGCUGUUGAAGUUGCGACUACCGAAAAUCCUUCUCGUUCAUGGUUUGGAAAUUAAAUCGGAUGACGACUACGCCAGGGAUAUCAUAGUGGCAAUGGAGCAUGCGCGAAAGUUAUUCAAUUGCUCCUUUACUUCAAUGGCUGGAAAUGACAUGUUGAAUGACAUAGAGGAAAAGUACGGAAGAGAUGUGUUAGAUCAUAUAAGAAAACAUAAUUGUGGAGACAUUGUGUUGAAUUAUAUAAACAACCAGUUGGGAAGCGAUGUGUUGACAGAUAUAAAGAAUGAGUUUGUCGAAAAACGUUCAAGGAAAUACGAAUUCAAAGUUCAUUACUCAAAAGAUAAUUCAGAGGGUAGGUAUAUAUUUCAACACAUUAAACCCAAAGUGUUCAGCAUACAGUAGUGCUCAGGCAUUCAAAUUAUAACAAUAGGAUAAUUUCUAUAGAGGAUUCUUCUUUGGGGGGGACACACUGUACAUCAUACAUUCAAGUAUGAUCGUAUGAUGAUGAUACAUGUGUAUAUACGUGUACAUGUAGUUGUUAUUUUUAUGUAGAUGACAAUGGAGUUAGCGAAGGGCAUAUUGUCCUUAUUGCUCCGCGCUCACCUGACGGGGUUGAUGCGAGGUCCGAGGAAAAUCCUACAUGCUCAGACGCAUUAGAGAGGUUUCACCAUCAAGGCGAAGGCGGGCCUGGACGGGGUAAUGCGAGCACGUCGGAGAGAAAUCUCCAAAAUUAUCCCAAAUGGCAUGAAGAUUGUGAAGAAAGAGAUUUGGAUAAAAAGUGGGGUCUGGGGCCGUAUCUGACGGAAGGUGAUGUGAAGAAUAUUGAAGGAUGCCCCGGAGGUAUUGGUUGUUGUGAGUGCUGUCAUAAAAAUUGGUGUGGCAGCUGUUUCAAAUUUCCUUGUCACCCAACAGCAAACCAGUUUUAUACUCCUUCAAUGUUUACUGCUUAUCACAGAGAAGGAUACAGAGUGUGUAUGGAAUGCAACGAGUUUUUAGAAAAAUAA